AUUUAGAGUGAUCUUUCCUUAGAAUAUACAGAUGUCAACAUUAAAAAUUCUUUUAAUUUAAUGGAUCUGUUUUAAUUGUUUCAUUUGAGUGUGGACUUCAAAAUAAAUUAAAAAUGUGGGUCUAUAAACCCUAAUAGAGCAAGGAUUCCUGAUAGUGCAUAGAAGAAACGGAAACAAGUUAACAUUAUCUUGUUAUUAUUUACUAAUUAAAACAGUAAAAAACAACUGAAGAACAAAAUGAUAUCACAGAAUGUAAGUUUCCUCGCGUUUCUGUAUUUCCUGCAAGGUAUACCAUAUGGACUGCAGUCGAGGUUUUUACCACUUUAUUUUAGAAGUCACGGCAUGUCGCUAUCAAAUAUUGGGUAUUUUAAACUUUUACUUAUACCAUGGGUGUCUAAAGCAUUAUGGGCACCACUGGUGGAUCAUUACGGAACAAAGAAAAUCUGGCUGAGUUACAGUAUGGUUGGACUUUGUGGGACAUGUGUUCUUGGUUCAUUUACAAGCCCGGAAUUCAUUGCACAGAUUGCAUUCGUUUUACUGUUGUUCAAUUUUCUGACCGCCACACAAGAUAUAGCAGUUGAUGGGUUAGCUAUACAGAUUUUAGCUACAUCGGAACUAGCAUCAGGAAAUAUUGCGCAAGUUGUUGGGUAUAAAUUUGGAGCUGUAUUCAGUGGAGGUUUUCUUGCAUGGUUGAGUGACCUCAGUUGGGGAAUAUUAUUCAUUGGACUUGCAAUGGUCUAUCUGUUAGCAUAUUUUGUUGUGUUGAAAGUAGUGCCAGAUCAUUCAACUCCUGAUAAAAAUGAUAGGAUGUCAAGUGAUGAUAAUUCAUCAGCAAAGACAAAAGAAAAAUCAAAUUCUAUAGAAGAUAAGGAUUGGAAGAAUAAAAAAGAUCACUGGAUUGUGGAACACAUAAAAAUGGUGCUAGCUGAAGAAGAAACUAGAUGGACUUUGCUUUAUGUGUUCAUUUAUAAACUUGGUGAACAAGGAGCUCUGACAAUGAUGCCACUGUUCCUGGUUGAUCGAGGAAUUACCUCAUCUUCUGUAGGCUUUUGGACAGGACUGGUUGGCCAAGGAGUUUCAAUAUUUGGUUCAUUUCUUGGUGGAUGGCUUGUAUCUAUAUUCUGGUAUACACCACACAGAGUGCUACUGUUCUGUUCUGUGAUAAGACCUGUUAUUCUUACAUUCUUCGUGAUACUGGUUGCCUUCUGGCCAGAUGGUGGUCAGUUCUCUCAACACAAUUAUUAUGCAUGUGUGGUUUUUUGUUUUCUGGUACUGUUACUAGGCAGCGGGGUUGUCACAACAACAACCUUCACCUUAAUGAUGUACUGCUCACAGAGGUCACCAAGUUCAGUUCAGGCCAGUCAUUACACUACCAUGGCAACAGUAGAAGUCUUGGGAAAACUAUCAUUCUCUGUCGUGAUUGGUCAAUUUACAGACAUAGUUGGAUACCUUUCGUCAUUUGCAUUGUUUGUUAUACUGUCUCUUUUUGUCAUACCUAUAUUGUUGAGGUGUCCAAUGCUACUUGUUGAAAUGAAUAGAAAUAGAAGAUGACAAAGGUU